AUGAUAACCAGAAAUGAGGUACCUAGCAAUUUUAGCUUGAACCUUACUGAGUUCAGUUCUCUUUUUGUUUCAGACAAUCAUUCUAAUGUUGAGAUCAUAGGAGGCGAAGACAUUCCCAUUCAUAAGGCACCGUACAUGGCAUCUUUGCGUUACAACCGAACUCAGCACUAUUGCGGUGCCUCUAUAAUACACAAAAGAUUCCUGAUCACAGCCGCUCACUGUAUAUUGCCUAAUAUCACGUACAAUAUAUUAGUAGGCACUUCUCUAUUGGACCGAGGUGGGACAGUUUACGACAUCGAAAAAUUUAUAGUCCACGAAUCUUAUUCGAAGAUCACUAAAGACUUUGAUAUAAGUCUUAUAAAAUUGAAAAGACCUCUGGAGUACGGGCCGAAUAUUGCCGAAGUGCCUCUCGCCGAUAGCAGAUUGAAACUUAGGAGCGGUAAUAUGUUUAGUGUGACCGGCUGGGGCGUGACCGACGUAAGUUGA